ACUUGUCUCCUUCCACAGCCAUGACUUCCGUUCGCCCCUGCCCCCCGGCCGCCGGCGCCGGCGCCCGCUCCAUCCCACUCCCCUCUCCCCCCACCGCCGGCUCCCAUCUCCACCUCCCCCGACUUCCCCCGCCACCUCCCCUCUCCUCCUCCUCCAACAACCACUCCCCCUUCCCCACCGCAACCCCCGUCACCCCUCUCCACCCUUCCGACGAGGUCCUAUCCGCCAUGUCCCCGCGCGAGCAGACCUCCCUCCUAUCGCGUCAGCGCCACUGGCGCUGCGCCCGGGACCUCUUCGACCGCCUGCGCGCGCUCCCCGGAUACGCUCCCAACCCCGUCCACUACGCCGUCCUCCUACGCCACCUCGCCCGCGCGCAACGCUGGGCCGAGCUCCGACGCGCCUGGCUCGGGAUGGUUCUCCCGCCCUCCAACCCGGCCUACGCUGCCCUCGCCGACGCGCUCGCCAAGGCCGGGUUGGUGCGGGAAGCCCUCCUGCUGCUCCGACACAUGCGCGCCCGGGGCGUCGCGCCCGACGAGGUGUCCAUGAACACCUUCGUCCGUGUCCUCAAGGACGAGGGCCGCUACGCGGACGCGCUCGCUCUCUUCCGCAAUUGGUGCGACGGCAAGUUCGAGGUUGACUUCCUUGAUCUUGACUGCAGCAUGGUUGAUCUCGAUGGCCCGAUGCGGUUCUUGCUUGAUGAAAUUUGUGAUGACAAAGUUGUUGAUGCUGCUGGUGUACCGGGCGUUGUUGGAGGUACUAGGAAGCUGAAGCUCGUGGCGACAUAUAACACGAUGAUUGAUCUUUAUGGGAAGGCUGGCCAGCUGAAAGACGCCCUGGACAUGUUUAUGGAUAUGCCAGCUCAUGGGAUUAUGGCAGACACGUAUACAUUCAAUACAUUGAUCAACGUAUUUGGGUUAUCUGGCAAUAUGGCACAGGCAGAGGCGCUGUUUGGUAGCAUGGUAGUUAGGGGCAUCAAACCUGACACUAAAACAUACAACGUGAUGAUGACUGUGUUUGCAUCGAGAGGGGAUUCAGAGGGAGUUCUGAAGUACUACCAUCAAAUUGGGAAGGAAGGGUUACAUGCGGAUCCUGUGAGCUAUAGGAUUGUGCUGCAAGCGCUAUGUGAGAGAAAGAUGGUGCGGGAAGCAGAAGAUGUGGUCGAAUGGAUUCUGAAUAAUGACAGUUUUGUUCAUGAGCAGUCACUGCCUAUUGUCAUGAAGAUGUACGUUGAUCUAGGAUUGCUCAAUGAGGCAAAUACAUUCUUUGAGAGGCAUUGCAGAGUUAAAGGGGUUUCAUCCAAGAACGUUGCCGCUAUCAUGGAUGCUUUUGCUGAGAAGGGCCUGUGGGAAGAAGCGGAGCAUAUUUUUUACUCUGAAAGAGGAGUUGGGAAUAAGGACAUAGUGGAAUAUAAUGUGAUGGUAAAGGCUUAUGGUCAGGCAAAGCAAUAUGAUAGAGUCUCUUCUCUGCUUGAGAGCAUGAAGGAAUCCGGUGUUUCACCAGAUAGUUGCACAUAUAAUUCCUUGAUUCAAAUGUUCUCUGUUGGUGGAUUUCCACAGAUAGCUAAGAAGCUAUUAGAUGAAAUGAAAAAUGCAGGAUUUAAGCCAAAGUGUGAGACAUACUGUGCUGUUACUAGAAGUUAUUCCCGCCAUUACUUGGUACCAGAGGCCAUAGAUCUGUUCAGUGAAAUGAAGGCCUCAGGUGUUGAGCCAAAUAUUGUUGUUUAUGGACUAUUGAUUGAUAUGUUUGCGGAGAUAGGAAAUGUAAAUGCAGCGCUGCACUAUAGUAACUUGUUGGAAGAAUCUGGAAUAUCUCCAAACCAGGUUAUUUUAACUUCACUUAUCAAAGCCUACAGCAAAGCUAAUUGCUGGAAGGAAGCACAGGUCUUGUAUUCAAGGAUGAAGAACAUGGAUGGUGGCCCUGACAUCAUUGCCUCUAAUGCCAUGCUAAACCUUUAUGCAAAUCUUGGAAUGGUCACUGAAGCUACAGAAAUCUUUGACAAACUGAGGAAAAAUAGUCAUGCUGAUGAUGUUUCAUACAGUACCAUGAUAUACCUCUACAAGGGCAUGGGCUUGCUUGGCGAGUCCAUUAAGAUUGCUCAUGAAUUACAGAAGUCAGGCUUACUAUCUGAUUGUGCUUCAUACAAUGCUGUUAUGGCUUGUUAUGUGGCCAGGGGCAACCUUAGACAUUGUGCUGAGUUAGUUCAGCAAAUGGUGGCAGCUAACAUUCCACCAGAUGCCUCAACGUUUGGAAUGAUAUUUUCUUUACUGAAUAAAGGCUAUGUUUCAACCGAAGAAGUUUUACAGCUAGAAUCAGCAUAUAAUGAUGGGAGGAAUUCUGCCAAGCAAGCUAUUGUUGCAUUGUUGUUCUCCACAGCAGGCAUUCAUGCUGCUGCGUUAGAAAUUUGUGAACAAUUGUUAAGGCCUGAGUGGACAGUUGAUCCAUGUGCAUACAAUAUUUGCUUCAAGGUCUACGCUUCAUGCAGGAAGGUAGAAAAAGCCUUCAGUUUGUUCACGCGGAUGCAUGAUUUGGGGCUCAAACCGGAUACAGUUACUUGCAUCCAUUUGACAACUUGCUAUGGGAAAUCUGGAAUGUCAGAAGGCCUAAGGACAAAUGGCCUUCUUGAAUACAGAAAUGAUAAGCUUAGUAUACAUUCAAAUAAUGCACUGGUUGCCUACAUAGAAACUGGAAAAAAAUAAUGUUGCAUUCAGUUAGUCAAGAAAUUAUAUGUACCGAAAAUCAGCUUAUAACUCACAAGGAGAGUUUGAUUUAGUCGUAGGACCUGAAACUGAAGCUAGCGUGUGUGGUGAUCAGAAGUGAGUCAGGUGUGCUCGAAGAUAUAGAAGCCAGAUAGAUUGGAAACAUUAGUGCGUGUGUCUACUUACUAACCCAUAUAGUUCUUGCCAUCUCAAAUGCUUAUUGUUGUCAAUGUUUUUCUUUUAAUAUUCUGAUGUACCAGUUAUAGCUCGUUGGUUUGUCAAAGGCCUAGAUACCAAUAGAUAGGAAAAAAUAUUAUACAGCACAAGCUUCAUAACUGAGUUUGAGCCACCGUUUUUCUUUCUAAGUGAUACCAAUACAGUUCCUGCUUGGUGUCUGAUCCCAGUUUCUGCUUUUCUGGUUAAUUUCUUGUAGUAAUUGGUCCAGUAGUAGAUAUUACUGUAAUCACUUGUUGAUCUGUUUUUUUUUCUGGAGUUACAAUCAUAAUGGCAUUCUAUUGACUAUUGA